AUGGAUUUAUAUGAACAACUUCCGUCCAGUGGUAUGAUUCAUCAACCGGAAUACAAGUUCUUACUGGAUGCCGCUACCUUUCAUGGGAUCACCUGCUUAGAUUUCCUAUCCCAGUCACCAUCUAACUUGAUGAAGACCAUUAAUAGAUCUAUCAAUGAGAUUAUAAAGUUUCAAGCCGCUCUACGAAAUGAAUUCGAAUUGGCAUUGGCCGAUAUUAAGAUACAAGACAUCACAACACUGAAGGAGGAUGACAAACCACGAUGUUUCACCACCGGGAACCUUGGAUUAGACAAACUUUUAGGCGGAGGCAUAUAUUCAAAAGGUAUCACUGAAAUAUUCGGAGAAAGUAGCACUGGGAAGUCACAAUUACUUCUGCAGUUGGCACUCUCUGUUCAGUUGCCAGAAGACAUGAAUGGCCUUAACGGGCAGAGCGUAUAUAUCACUACGGAGGGUGACUUACCAACCAGAAGGCUGAAAAGCAUCAUAGAACAAUCAUCUUUGUUUAAAGAUGAAGGUGGCGAUUGCUUGGUGUCUCAAAAGAAAAUAUUCACUGUCACCUGUAAUGACUGGGCUAAUCAAGAACAUGUUACAACAGUCCAGCUUCCAGUCCUACUGGAAAGACACCCAUCUAUUAAAUUAGUAAUAAUAGAUUCGAUUUCGCACCAUCUCAGGGUUGAGUUGCAAUCGAAAACAUUUCAAGAAUCGAGAUCAAACAGGUAUAUUAUAGAUUCCAUGGCAGAGAACUUACUUUCUUUAGCUCAAAAACAUAAUUUGGCCAUCGUCGUCGCCAAUCAAGUAAGUGACAAACUUUUACCAGAGAAGCCAAUACGACAGGACUUCAAGGAUUAUGAUUAUCAGCUGGGCUGGAACAUCGGAUGGAAGAAUUCGACUAUUUUUUAUAGACACAAAUUCAAUGAAAUAGAGAAAUAUGAUGAGACCAUAUUGAGUGACGAUGAGGACUAUACGUUAAUUGUAGACCAGGUUGCAAGGAAAUUACAACAGAAUGUUCCGGCUAGUGUUCCAGAUACAAAUAAUAAAGACCCUGCGCAGUCUGUCGCAGCAUUGAGGACUGAAGCGCUGCGGAAUAAUGUUAUCUCUCAACAAAACUCACCUCAGCCUACUCAAAGUAAAACCCCUGUGGUACCGUCACAGCCCCAACCAUCCGCACCUUUCCUGUUAUCAAGAAGGAAACGAGAAGUUGACACGAAGGUACCAAAUCUCGGUUUAACUUGGGCUAACCAUUUAAUGACAAGAAUAAAACUGGAGAAACGAUAUAAAGCAUCACCUAUGGUACGCACGGGGGAAUUCAAUUACAACAAUACAACAGAUACCUCUCAAUUUUGGCAAGUGCAGAGAAAUCUGAAGCUAGUGUUUUCGACUUAUGCGGUGAAAGGUGAAAUGAAUUUUGCGAUUAGUGGAGAAGGUGUUAUUUCGGUACAGUGA